AUGUCUGUAUUGGUAAAUGGUAGCGUCACCAAAGUUUUUAAGGUCCAAAGAGCUUUACGCCAAGGUGAUCCCAUCUCACCCUUCCUUUUCGUUCUUUCUAUGGAAGGCCUAACCGCUCUCACUAAAAAAUCAGUGGAAGUGAGUGACUUUAUGCCCUUCAAAUAUGGCUUAGAAUAUUAUGUGGACAUCCUUCAAUUUGCGGACGACACCGUCAUCAUUGGAGAACCCACUUGUGACAAUCUUUGGAACAUGAAAGUGUUGUUGAGAGGCUCUGAGCUUGUGUCCGGUUUGAAAAUCAAUUUCCAUAAAAGUAACUUUUUUGGAGUUCACAUUGGUGAGUGGUUAUUAAACUCGACUACUACUUUUCUCUCUUGCAAGAAAGGAAGUUUUCCAUUUAAAUUCCUCGGGAUUUGGAUUGGAGAAGGUGGUAGAAGGAAGAGAGUGUGGAAGGAUGUUGUGGCCAAUAUCAAAUCAAUAUUAUCAAUGUGGAAGGGAAGAAACAUAUCAAUCGGUCGUAGGGUGACUCUAAUUGGUUCAGUGCUUAAUGUUAUCCCUAUUUUCACUCUUUCUUUUUACAAAGCACCAAAAAAUCAUCCAAGAAAUUAG